UCUGAGUGAAACCUCAAAGAAUUUCCCAAAAACUCUAGAGUUCCUCCUCCUCCUCUCUCCCUCUCUGCAGCCGACGCCGAACCGGUGGCGCUUUGGUCGCUUAUCACGUCUCCGAUCAUCUGACGAUCCCGAGCACGCCCAAUCGCUGACCACCUCCACUUCCCCAAUUAAAAACCCUAGAAUUUGACGUGAAACCGCAGUGAAUCGUGGAAAUUUUGGCUCUUUGUCUCAGAAUCGUGAGCUUGAAGUUUUUAGAACAAAGGAACAUCGCCGUAUCACGAGCGCUAGAUGGAGUGUGUAGUGCAAGGGAUCAUUGAGACACAGCAUGUUGAUGCCCUGGAAACUCUUCUUCAGGGCCUCUGCGGUGUUCCAAAAGAACGUGUCAGAGUUCAUGAGCUAUGCCUAAAAAGUGGGCCUAACCUUGGUGUAGUGGCCUCUGAGGUCCGUCUCUUGUGUGAUUUAGCACAGCCUACACCAUCUUGGACUGUUCGACAUAUUGGAGGUGCCAUGAGAGGUGCUGGUGCUGAGCAAAUCUCAGUUUUGGUUCGAACUGUAGUGGAAAGCAAAGUAAGCAAUUCUGCAUUGCGCUUAUUCUAUACCCUCGGGUAUAAAUUAGACCACGAACUUCUAAAGGUGGGUUUUGCCUUUCGGUUCAAUCGAGGGGCCCAAAUCACCGUUACGGUGACUUCUACUAAUAAAAUGCCAAAGCUUCAUGCCACUGAAGAACCUGUUCUUGUGACUCCUGGAUUACAAAUGGUAGAAAUCACAGCCCCGGCUGCUUCUGACAAUUACAAUGAAGUUGUGUCUGCCAUUUCAUCAUUUUGUGAAUAUUUGGCUCCGCUGUUGCAUCUCUCAAAACCUGGAGUUUUGACUGGUAUUGUACCUACAGCUGCUUCUGCUGCUUCUUCCCUUAUGUCAAAUACCAGCGGUAAGAUGUUGUAGCAUCGAUGGCCAUCCGUGUUAGUCUUGGAGUUGGGGUCUUGAAAUCACUGCAAGCAUGAUUCGCAGUCCAUAGUACGUAAUUGUUCGGUGAUUUCAAUGAACUUAUACUUGCAUUCCCUGUCAAAAUAGUUGUGGGGUUGAAGAAGGAAGUGUUGAUGGAUUUAUAUUCUUACUUGUUCAGCUUUCGUUAUUGGUGCAUUAUUCAUGAAAAAUAUAUUGAUUUUGA